ACUCGUAAAUUGGACGGUUCUGUGAUUUUUUUGUGCCGAUGUUGCGGUUCAAGUUACAAGCACAAAAAAUCGCUGAACAAACAUUGGAAAGACAAACACGCCGAUGUGCCACGACCGCAUGGUGCUCAAGCAGAUGACGACGAGGAUGAGGAUGAAGACGACGAGGAGGACGAGGACGAGGAGGAGGAGGGAGGACAAAAUGAUGACAAUUGCGGAGUUAAUGAUUUGCACGGCUCGGAUACGGAAAAUAUUCCACCGGAAAAUAUGACUGUGUCCAGACCCGGACAGUCAAACGUGGAUAGUAGUGGAUUCGGGUUAAGCAGAACGAAAGUUUGUGAACCUACUCAACGUGUGAUGCUUACAGAACGGGCCGCCCUUCGCCGACUUUCUGCACCCCCUAGUCGAACAGCAGAGAAAUCGUUUCAUACGAGACGUGCAUCAUUUCUUCCCGAGGUUAGUCAGGCGAAUCAAUCCGGAUCACACAAAGCGCAUGUGUCCAUCAAACGACGUUUCCGCGACACUGUUGAUUCCAGUUCCAUUCGCUCCACCGUAAAUAAUCAUCGGAAUGAGACCACUGCUUACAAUUCCCAUGAGCCGGUCACUAAACGCCGUCAAAGUGCCAUUUAUCCGGAUGAAACAUUUCAUUCAACACUUUCAGAUGUUCAUCAACCAAUCUCAAAGGGGCACACGUUCACCACAACUACUUCACAAUCGACUGGAAUUAGUAAACACGAAGAACGCGAUGACAAAAUGUCAAACGAUCGUCUGCAUGGCGCUUCUCUAAUCCCAGAUACACAACCGUUAGAUUUAUCGAUACUGCGUCCACUAGAUUCCCCAUAUGUUCCACGCGUAUCAUCCCAGUACGUCGCAUCUCCUUCCAAAGUGGAUGACAUCGAUAAAAAUGACCAAGCGAUUGAUGUAUCCUUGUUAAUUGGUCUCCUGCAGACCGCAUUGAAUACUCUGACAGCAGAAUUCCGCGAAGCUACGAGACGUUCAGCAGAAGGUCCUAUCUUCACCAGUUGUUUGUCUAAGACUUCGAUAAGUUUACUUUUGGCUAUUGGAACGCUUUUAGUUUCUAUGGUAGAUAAAAAGGAUGACAAGUCAAAUGCCGAAAGACUGAUAUCUCCAAAUGAACGAACAAUGAAUAAUUUACUUACUGGACCGAUCAACACACCUCGUCAGUCUAUUCAAUCGAUUUCUUGUCGUACUCCCCCUAAUAACAGUAGUAAUAAUCCAGUGUUGCCACCCGCUCCAGCGUUGGCAUUAGUCUCCCCAGCCAUCGAAACACAUUCGUUUCAACCGGAUGAAUAUAAACCCAAUUUGGAUAGUGUUCACAGAUCUUUGUCAGCACAACCAGACACAGUCAGAACUCCACCAACUCGAUCGAUUGAUCAUACAGAAGUAUCUCAGAACACCACACCUAAGGCCUAUGAUCGUAUGAUUCCGUGCAGUUUAGGCAGUUACGCACCAAUGGAGAACAAUUUGAUCCUCAGCCAGACAUUCACUCCCAUCCGCCAUUCCCGUGUCCAUACCAAAUCCUCCUCUAUGGUCAAUACUUCCCGUACUUCAUCAACAGAAGGUACUACGACUACUACUCCUCCUACAAAUAGGACACCACGACAAAGUGACGAUCCAAGGUCCACUGGGGAAUCACAGUCAGAAUGUCAAAUAAUUUGUCCAGUGUGUAAUUUCGAUGCUCGGUGGUUUAGCGAACUUCGGGCACAUAUGGUCAAUCAUUCAGAGCAUCGAAUGUUCGGCUGUUGUUUUUGUACCUAUAGGGCCAAAUGGAAAUGGGAUGUAGCUAAACACAUGCGUCGUUGCCCUCUUGGACGGCACGUGGCUCACCUAUCCAACGAGGCCCUCCUCCGUAUUGUCCGUUAUCAUCCUCCACCCAAAGGGAAUAUCCUUUAUAACUAUUUUCCUCAAGAUGGAUUUCCUGGAGUUGGCUUGGAUCGACCACCAACACCACCGAAUGCCGGUCCAGCAGACUUCAUUACUCCCGGGGAGGGGUGA